AUGCGCUCUGGGCUCGUGGGGUCUGGGAGCCGGGACAUCCUGGGCAGCGGCGUCAGCUCCCCUGGCAUCCGCACAAGUGUUACAAACUUGGCCAACAUCCCAUUGACUCCAGAGACCCAGCGGGACCAGGAGCGGCGGAUACGCAGGGAGAUCGCCAACAGCAACGAGCGAAGGCGGAUGCAGAGCAUCAAUGCAGGGUUCCAGUCUCUGAAAACGCUCAUCCCACACACGGACGGGGAGAAGCUCAGCAAGGCGGCGAUCCUCCAGCAAACUGCUGAAUACAUCUUUUCACUGGAGCAGGAGAAGACUCGGCUACUGCAGCAGAACACCCAGCUCAAGCGGUUCAUCCAGGAGUUCAGUGGCUCCUCCCCGAAACGGCGACGGGCAGAGGACAAGGAUGAAGGCAUCGGCUCGCCGGACAUCUGGGAAGACGAGAAGGCCGAGGAUCUGGAUGCGGGCUGUGCUGUGCUCCGGCACCACCGCAUCCGGGCCCUCUCUGCCUGGCAGGUUCGCUCUCUGGAGGCCCACAUGUACCCCGAGAAGCUGAAGGUGAUUGCUCAGCAAGUGCAGCUCCAGCAGCAGCAAGAACAGGUGAGGUUGCUGCACCAGGAGAAGCUAGAACGAGAGCAGCAGAUCCGAACCCAGCUCCUGCCAGCACACGGUCCCCCAGCACCCACCCACCACCCCACUGUGAUCGUACCAGCGCCGCCUCCCUCCCAUCACGUCACCGUGGUCACCAUGGGCCCAUCCUCUGUCAUCAACACAGUCUCCACGUCCCGGCAAAACCUGGACACCAUCGUUCAGGCGAUCCAGCACAUCGAGGGGACUCAGGAGAAGCAGCUGCAGGAAGAGGAGCAGAGGCGCGCGGUCAUCGUGACGCCCGUGCGGGCCUGCCCCGAGCCCUCCAACUCCGACACCGCCUCCGACACGGAGGGCAACGACAGUGACUCCAUGGACCAGAGCAAAGAAGACCCCUUGGGGGAAGGGGAACUGCCCUGACACCCCCUGGCCGGCAACCAGGGAGGGGACGGGGCAGGGGAGGGAAACGUCAGAGAAUAUGCUGAAAUUUUUAAAAAAUACGAUGCGAUUUGGGUCUCUUUUAUGACCUUUUUCCUAUACUGUAAAUCCGAGUGCUAGAAGCAGGCAAAGUUCACUGUU